AUGAGCGGAUCAUCGGAAUUUGAGACAGGGUUGGUGGCAUCCUUGCGACCGGGUCAGAAACUAUGUAGCUACCGAAAGGAUGGGGAAGGAGGACAAUUAGUGGAGCGUGAGACGGUGCAACCUGGAGGGGUGCUACCUGGAGGGCAGCGAGACUGGUCGGAGUUUGUUGACUACUUGCAGUUGUGUCAUGCUCAGGAGGAGGAAUUAGUUCGUCGAUUGAAAUUACACGAGGAGGUGGUCGACGUGUUGAAGACCUUUCAGAGGCAGCAUGAGACGCUGAAUGUGGAGCUCGUUGAGUGGUUGGACAAUUGUAACACCCAAGAAGACGUAGACGGCGUUGUGAUUGCGGCCACUGAACUGUGGAAUAGUAUCCGCCGAAAGCGUUAUGCCGCCUUCUGUGACUACCGCGAAAACGCGGGUGCCAUCAGCCAACUGCUUACCGGACGGCGUAAGCGCCUCCAGACUCUCCAUGACGCCCAGGAGUCCUACGGUGCGGCGUUUCCGCCUGCCAUUGAGGAGAUGUGUCAUCAAGAAAUCGAUACAGAAACGGAAGUCUGGGAACUGCUCGUAUAUUACGGCGGACCGGACGAGGAGGACCGCAUCCCGAUGUUUGCUAAGGUCACCACCGCUCUGAACCAGGUCACCGCGUGUCUCCUUGCCGGGCCCAACGAAUCGCGCGUAAAAGGAAUAGAUGAACUACUAAAAAGUAGUCCGCACAGAAGGGAGUUCAGCAAGACAAAACCCAGAAAGAGAGAAAAAGAGGGGAGGCUGGUAACGACAUUUUCAGGUUCCUGGGCGGCUGGCUUAGGGCUGGUGCCGGGGGGUCCGGGUAAGCCGUCAUUUUUGCGAUCUACUCGGUCUGAGGAGCCUUGUUUAAUUUCCACGGAUCGAGACACCCCAGUGGGAUUCGUUCGUGCUAACACGGAGCCAUUGCCGGCUCUCAGCGAGUUGGAUCGUGAGGAACAGAAGGCUCUCAAGUCGCACCUUACUUCUGUUUUAUAUCGCGCUUUCACGCAGCCUGAAAGACCGGUCGCAGGACCCCGAUGGCUUACUGCAGCCAGCAAAUCCGAACCCUACGUGGGAGCCGUUGCAACCAUGAUGGCUGCGGCCUUAACAAAAGUGAGCAACGACUCAAACAAAGCCGCAGACUGGACCAAACAACUUCUCACCAGGGCCAAGACCGAAGGCAGUGCAACCGUCGUGCGUGAAUUUUACAACACACCUUCAAGACCUCAAUUGGAGCCCAAAGUCAUCAACCUCUCAGAGUCCAAACUCAGAAAAGCUACCUCCGAGGUACUCAGACUUGACAGCGGCGUCGACAGCCGAAACGGCCUCGACCUCCGCGCCAAAUCAGAUCUAGCCUCUUACGCUGGCGUCGCCUGGCCCGCCUUUUGCAGAACCAUCAGCACCGGCUGUAACUCCCUCAUUAACCAGUGGCUCCAGGAACGACAACGACAGGACCGACAGGGAGAGGAGCAACCGCCAGAAGGAGAACAGGGUCCCGGAAGUGUUCCCUUUCUCAAAGCUCGCGCGGCCCGAUUCGACUCGCGCGAAGCCCUGAAACUCAAACUGGUCCAGAGCAUGCCUCUGCCCGUCACGGGUCCGCCCGAACAGACCAUCCGGCUCUUGCGCUCCGGGGAGGACUGGGACACGGUUACCCACAGCUCGGAGUCAAGCCGCACCGCCACCAGCUCAGCUCAUAACGGAGAGAAUUCCGCCGCAGAGGCAGAAGUGAAGGCAGCGGCAGAGGAGGCAGUGGCAGCGACGGCAGAGGGGGCAACGGCGGCCAAGGCAGCGGCAGAGGGGGCAACGGCGGCCAAGGCAGCGGCAGAGGAGGCAACGGCGGCCAAGGCAGCGGCAGCGAAGGCGAAGGCAGCGGCAGAGGCAGAGGAGGCCGCUGCGUUAAAUCCGCGUCAAGUGGGGUUCCCCUGCGCGGGGCUCGCCUUCGGAAAGCUCGCCCGCAGAAGACUCGUUUUCGGAAGACUUGAUUUCGAAUAG